UGCCCAUGUCUGUGUUUAGGGUUCUCAUUCUCAAUCUCAAUCUUCUCAUUCUCAUUCUCACAUAUACCAUUCGAUUCUCUGUCUACCAAGUCCUUUUCUCUCUCUACGAUCUCGAUCUCUUUGUAAGAAUCAUUGCCUAUGCCUUCAUGAUUCUUCUUUCGUCACCAAUUUUCUUGAAGAACAAAUCCAGGAAUUGAAUUUGUUCAAGGGUUCAUUCUUGUCAGCGAGGGCAACGAUCUCCUUCGAAUUUGCGAAAGCAACGAUCUAGCGACGGCGAUCUCUAUCGGUGUUACCACGGUGGUUCUCUGGUGUGCUUUUCGAUCUUUGACAAGAUGUCCGGCCAAAGCCAGCGAUUGAAUGUCGUCCCAACGGUCACAAUGCUGGGCGUUGUGAAAGCUCGCCUUGUCGGUGCCACAAGAGGCCAUGCUCUUCUCAAAAAGAAGAGUGAUGCUUUGACUGUGCAGUUCCGUCAGAUUCUCAAGAAGAUAGUCUCAACAAAAGAAUCGAUGGGAGAGGUCAUGAAAACGUCCUCGUUUGCCCUAACAGAAGCCAAAUAUGUUGCUGGCGAGAACAUCAAGCACAUUGUCCUUGAGAAUGUCCAAAACGCAUCCAUCAAAGUUCGAUCUCGCCAAGAGAAUAUUGCGGGUGUGAAGCUCCCAAAGUUUGAGUAUUUCACUGAAGGCGAGACAAAGAAUGACCUAACUGGAUUGGCAAGAGGUGGCCAACAAGUGCAAGCUUGUCGUGCUGCGUAUGUGAAAUCCAUUGAGGUUCUUGUCGAGCUUGCAUCUCUUCAGACAUCGUUCUUGACACUUGAUGUGGCAAUCAAGACCACAAAUCGUAGGGUCAAUGCUUUGGAAAAUGUUGUGAAACCGAGGCUAGAGAACACGAUAACUUACAUUAAGGGUGAGCUUGAUGAGCUUGAAAGAGAGGAUUUCUUCAGGCUGAAGAAGAUACAAGGUUACAAGAAGAGAGAGAUUGAGAGACAGCUCGCUUCUGCUAAGCAGUUUUCAGAGGACCAGUUUGCGGAGAAAGUUUCUUUGCAGAGGGGGAUUUCAGUUAAUUCAGCACACAACUUCUUGUCUGGUGGUAUGCAGAAAGAUGAGGACAUAAUUUUUUGAUGUGGAGGUUACUUUUGUUUAUUUAUUUUUAUGUUAGUGUGUGUGGCUUUGUCUAUGGUGCUUGUUUAAUGUUUGAAGAAUUCCUAUGAUUUGUUAGAUGGAGAAGAUAUUGUUCCUGGAAUAAAAGUUUUAUGUAUUUUACUAUUUAUUGAAUUAAUUAAUGACCAAACUUAUCUU